UUAGCCGCAUUCAUUCCCUUGCCAUGUCCUCGGGCUCCCCCUGCCCUCAAGAUUGGAAGAAGCGAUCGCGGAAGCGGAGAAGGAACGCCGCCUUCCCCACUAAAACAAGAGGAAGCGAGGAUGAGCGGGAGCGGGACGAAGAAGGUGGUGGAGACGGCCGCGAAGGCCACCAAGUCGAUCGAUUGGGAGGGCAUGGCGAAGCUUCUCGUCUCCGAGGAGGCCCGCAAGGAGUUCGCCAACCUCCGCCGCGCCUUCGACGAGGUCAACCACUCCCUACAGACCAAGUUCAGCCAGGAACCUGAACCCAUCGACUGGGAAUAUUAUAGAAAAGGAAUUGGAUCUCGCUUGGUGGAUAUGUAUAAAGAGGCUUAUGAGAGCAUAGAGAUCCCCAAGUAUGUUGACACUGUGACUCCAGAAUACAAGCCCAAGUUUGAUGCUUUGUUGGUGGAGUUGAAAGAAGCAGAACAGAAAUCUCUGAAGGAGUCAGAAAGGUUGGAGAAGGAAAUUGUUGAGGUUCAAGAGAUGAAGAAGAAGAUUAGCACCAUGACGGCUGAUGAGUAUUUCGAGAAGCACCCUGAGCUCAAGAAGAAGUUUGAUGAUGAAAUCCGUAAUGACAACUGGGGAUACUGAACAACAAAGAUCAUUUAGCUGAUCAAUGCUUUCUUGCGACUGGCAAUUAAAUAAUGUGGUUUUUCCUUGUACUUUGGAAGCUACCAAUAUUUGCUGGUGCUUUGUUUAAAUUUAUCAUUGCUGAGGGUCGGAACUUGGUGUUAUCAUCUGUUUACACCACUCCCUGUUCUGUUGGGGCUUAGUUUUGCUUCUGAAAUUCAAGCCAAUGAUUCCUGCUCCAUGGGCUCUUUUGGUCUAAUAGGCUUAUCUGCAUAGUUGCAUCCUUUCCUGUA